AUGGUGGGCAGCCUCAUGUAUUUGACAGCCACCAGGCCAGACCUAAUGUAUGUGGUAAGCUUAAUUAGUCGUUUUAUGGAGAGGCCUACUGAAUUGCACCAUCAAGCUGUGAAGAGAGUUAUGAGGUACUUAAAAGGCACUAUGGAGCUAGGGAUUCUAUAUAAGAAAGGUGGGAGUAAGAGUUUGUUGGCUUUCUCUGACAGUGAUUACGCCGGGGAUAUUGAGGAUCGAAAGAGCACCUCAGGCUAUGUGUUUUUACUGAGUUCCGGUGCAGUGGCUUGGUCUUCGAAGAAACAACCAGUUGUCACACUCUCCACCACUGAGGCUGAGUUCAUUGCAGCCAAGAGAAUUCUUGAAAAGCUUAAUCACAAAAUAAGUAAGUGCACCACCAUUUUUUGUGAUAAUAGCUCAGCCAUUAAGUUAUCGAAGAAUCCAGUUAUGCGUGGUAAGAGUAAGCACAUCGAUAUCAGAUUUCAUUUUCUUCGUGACUUAUCAAAAGAUGGAGUGGUUGAAUUGGUGCACUGUGGUUCAAAGGAUCAAGUUGCAGACAUUAUGACAAAGCCCUUGAAACUGGAUGUGUUCGUGAAGAUAAGAGAGCUGCUUGGCGUGUGUAAACUGACUGCAAAUGGCAGUGCAGUUUAA